CUGGUCCAUUAAAACGCGUCGCAUUGAUGAUCUUCCCCUCUCUGAGUGAAGACAGCGUUGCGCAAGUUUUUCCGGUAACCUUUUCUCAUGGAGGCGGGCUCUUCAAGAAAAAGAACGAAAAAGACAAAGUUAUGGGAAGUAGAUGUUUUUUAUAUAGAGAGUGCUCCAGCUGUAUUUCAUCUUUCUUUCAAGAAGAGCCAAGCAGGGUUAGUAUAGUGUCUUUAAUCUUCCAUAUUAAAUAUUUAUAGAGUGCUCCUACUUAAUUCCACGGGUUCCAAAAAUAUCCUUCUUGGAACCACGUCAUCAACAAUAAUAGUUAGUAUAUUAUCAUAAGUUAGUUGUUGUACUUGGUCGUUGACGAUGAGCAAGAUCUUCUUCGAUGUUCAACAUCUUCACUUUUCUACAAAGAACAUGAUAGAUGUAGUAAUUCUAGUAUUUACAAUCGCGGCAGGUUGUUGACUGUUGAUUGGUACAUAAUUUGGCUUCCCGACAGGGUCCAAAUGGGAUGCUUCCUUUCUAUUUCGUACAAUGUACUUAUGUUAGAGUAGUUUAUAGAACGGAUGUAGGAUGGACUUGGAUGGAUCGAAUGGACCCCCCUGAUUCUUCCGAUCUUACUGGAAAUGGUGGGAAGCCCAUCCGAUCCAUCCGAUCCAUCCCAUCCCGGAUCUGGCACCCCUAUGAGUUAUUCUAUUAUAAUGUAGCUCUAGUUCUUGUAGUUGGUCUUGUUGUAGUUUUUAGAGGACCUCCUCCGCGCGUAGUUAAGUAGAGCACCAGUUCUAAAUAUGACUGGCCUCCCGCAGAAAUCGCAAAUGCUGCUCAGAUGUACGCAAGGCUGGUCAGGCUGCUUCUUCAAGAGGGGCAAGUAGAACGACAAGAUGUUGCACGACCGGAAGAGGAGCACCACCACCAGCAGAAUAUGAAGAUGACCUUCAGCCAUUUGCAUAAGAUGUUUUCGCGACAGGUGCCGAAAGUUGUGCAGGGUUUUUUGCAUGAUAUUUGGGGGAACGGAAACUACCAUCAAGGCAUUCGCUGGGACGUCGAGCAGGAAUGGAGGAGCUUCGCGGAAAUGAUAAUUAAGCAUUUUAAUUUAUUUUCAUCAUGAUUUCCUUGUUCGUCGUCUUGUCCCCUAGAAAAAAAAAUCCAUUUCGGUCUUGAUGUCCCACUCACAUCUUCAUUAGGGUCGUCGUGAGCUCUAAGAUAAGCGCCUAUCUACACUACUUGCCGUGGCCAACACCAGCAACACCAGCAACAGCACAAAAUGUUGCGCGCCAAUAUCGCAGUCUACAUGAUGCAUUUGUGGACAUUAUCUACCAGAGUUUGGAUCAGGAUGAUGCCGCAGCAAGUCCCGAAGACCACGAUAAAAGGAAAAAUGAGGACCUCAUUUCCGCCGUCGACUCUCUAUACAUUAAGGCUACAACAAGCAAUUAUAGCAAUCCAUCUUGACUAGUAUCCAUCUUCUUGACUGUUUCGCUAUCCGACGUGGAGCUUGCGAACCCGUCGUCGCUGGAUGGAACAUCGACCACUUGCCGCCACUAGUAUAGGCAUGAAGAUCUUGGUCGUGGUCCUCCCGUUUUCAUUCUUUAAGGGGAAAUAAAUAUAGAUAAAGGGAGCUGCAACCAAGAUGCUGAUGGCGAUGGAUUUCUCUUAGUUCUAAACAUCAAGCAAAUGCACGCACUAUCGAGCUGCGCAUUAACCGCGCUGGUGGUAUGCACGAACCGCCUUUACCGAUGUGGCUCCUUCGGAUCGCUCUGGAAGCGAGGGGCGAAGAAGUGCCGAAUUGGUUGCGUGAGAAUCCGGAAGCGGAAUUGUCAACUUUUUGUAGACCUCUACCUCAUCUUCAACAUCAAGGUGCUGAUCAUCCGGCGCAAGAAUCAUGGAAACAACUCGACACCUUUCAAUGGACGGGUCGAGGAAUCCUCGCGACUAAUCACUACGAAGAUUAAGGCUACAGUUUAUCACUAUCUUCGUGUCAUGUGGACUGCAGCUCUGCUGAGGCGUCCUGAGUGAGGCAGCCCUGCUGAGGCGUCCUGAGUGAGGCAGCCCUGCUGAGUCGUGUUGAGUGGGGGCGGUCGGUCCCCAUUUUUUUUUUAUAAGUAAAUAAACAAGGGUCCGACCACGAACAAUAAACUUAGGGGGACCUCCCAGGGUAUGUCACUCAAGCAGGGAUCAUAGUGAAAAACUAGCGCUAAGAAGAUCAAUGGAGGCACGACAGAAGGUCGCGGAAGCUGGAGAAAUUAUUCUACUGGUAUCGUUACAGUCUCGUGGACCGUUGCAUCGCAGGAUCCAUCCAGUGGCGCAAUGUCGACAUGGGGGCCCUUUGGAGAAGCUGUUUGUAG